GCUGCUGCCUGUGGCUGGAGCAGAAGGCGCUCAAAGGCCUCAGACAGAAAGCCUUCCUGCAGACAACCUGCCCUCGUUCAUUGUACAAGCAGCUUCACCUCCCGCUGAAGAUCUGCAUCCAAUGAGACCACUGCGCUGUGAGAGCCCAACCUGGGGCGCUGGGAGAACCGACCCCCUCCCACACAACAAAGGCAGCUGUGUACCCCACCCCAGGACAAAAUCCAGCAGUGCUGGGCAGGAUGUCGUCCCAGCUAAGUGAGAUCACUCCUGCUGGAGUGCACCAGGGUGGGACAGAGCAGGGCAGGACCACACUGAGAGCUGUGUGCAUACAGGGGGCUGCUUCCACUGCCCUUAGGUGAGCCAGGAUGAUAAUGGGUCCACGCAUGUGUUCACAGAGCCCUCGGUGAAUAUUCUGCAGCACACAGAUGAGGAUAUCAACAUGCUUGACUGCAGGAUCAGCUAUUACUUUACAGCCAACACUCAGAUCCUCUGGCCUGGGAGGGAGGUUCGAGCCCACAGCCUGGACACCUGGUUCACUUGCACCAUAAAGCACACAGCUGAGAAAUACACAGCUACAGCCUUCCUUGUGCAAGGCCACGAGGACAGAGAGCACCAAACUCCAGGACACCUUCACCAGGGCAUCGCAGAGCAGACACACGUGUCAGCGGUGCUGGCGGUGCGCGCGCGGCUGCCCCGGGUCCGUACGGCGCUGGGGAAGGACGCGGUGUUGGAUUGCGCCUUCGACGCCGACCCGCGGGCGGCCGUGGCCGUGAGAUGGGCGCUGCGGCAGAAGGGGCGGCCCGAGAGGCGCAUCACCACCUCCGGCGGCGGCCGCGCUGAGAUGUUCCCGCAGGAGCCCCGCGGUAACGCAUCCCUGCUGCUCCGGCGCGUGGAGCUCGGUGACGAGGGGACGUACAUCUGCGCGGUGCAGGCGGCAGCCCUCGUGCUGGAGCAGGCGGUCCUGCUGCAGAUAACAGAAAAGCCCACAGUGACCGUCAACGUGAACUCCCUAUCCCUGGUGGAAGGGGAGCAGCAGAAGUUGGUCUGCGACAUCCGCAACUACUACCCUGGGGACAUCCACGUGCAGUGGCUCCGUGAGCCGCGGGGCGCCGGGCGGCUCCCUGACACCGUGCCCAACGUCCUCACCAGCAGCCACCGGCGCAGCAGCAACGGCACCUACAGCUUCUCCAGGUUCUUCCUGCUGACAGCGACCCUGCAUGAGGACGGCCACACCUACACGUGCCGCGUGGAGCACUCCAGCCUGCAGGCACCCAUCCGCAGGAGCGUCAGCGUGGCAGUGAGAGAAGCGACCUCCACCACCUGGCUGCUGCUGCUGCUGCUGGGCCUCACUGGGUGCCUUGUGGCCGCACUCCAUCACCUCCACAAAGCGAGGAGCACAACUAAGCCCAAACCUUACUAGGCGCAGUGCUCCAGCAAGGAGCAGCCACGGCCCCACGAGCUUCAGGUGCCGUCGGCACUGCUGGAUGCCUCAGUGCAGGAGAGCGGGGGGCUGGGGUAGGCUGAAGGUGACGGCUGUUGCUGAAUGCCAGGGUGGAUGAAGCAAUCUUCCCAGUUACUGGCAAAGGGGGAAGCUGCAAGAAUUAUUUUUGUAAUAAAGAUUGAUUUAGA